AAGCAUGCGCAGAACAUGUUGUAAACAAUGAUACUAUUCCAGACCGUCUCCAGCUUUGUGUCUAUCCAACAGUUUAUAUGUACAAAACUAACAACGAUUUCCCUCAGCUCCGCGUAUAUUAAAUGCAAAUGUUCGAUGGGAGCUGAAGCAUGGAGGUGGUUCUGAGUAGGCUGAGGGGGCUAAGUGCUGAUGAACUGCGCGAGGAGUUUGCCCGAGCAAACCUCAAGUGUGGUCCUAUUACCGCUACCACCCGAGCCACCUUUGAGAGGAAGUUAGCUCGAGUCCUGGUCGGGCCAGAGAGCAGUGACACUGAAUCGGACAACAGCUCUUCAGCCGGUUUCUUGGGCGGUGCGGCCUCCAAUGCAGAUUAUGCCAAACCUGGGUCAUAUGCCAAUUCAGCUCAAACAAGCAUCACACUCGCUGAGGCAUCCGGCGAAGAGUCAGACUUUGGCUACGGUGUGGGUCUCAACCCUCCAGAUGAAGAAGUGAUCUCAGUAAACGCAACCUCCAACAGCUUUGCGGAAACCCCUUCAAAGUUGACACAAGUGUCCCCAACAUCUUAUUUUGGAGUUUGUCCACUGUGGGAAGACGUUUUGACUAGAAAUGAAAGAGCACACGUGUACACGGAUAAGAAAGAUGCCCUUCAAGCUGUUAAGACGAUGAAGGGAGCCCGCUUCAAAGCCUUCCCUAACCGUGAGGAUGCUGAGAAGUUUGCUAAGGGGAUCUGUGACUAUUUCCCCUCUCCCAACACAUCUACAGCUUGUGUAUCUCCUGUCAAACCAGGCCUGGUCAUUUGUAAAGACAACAUGGAGGUUGACACCAUCAACCGGGAGCGGGCCAACAGUUUCAAGAGCCCACGCCCCCAAGACCUGACCGCCAAACUGAGGAAAGCUGUGGAGAAGAGCGAUGAGGUGACCUUUAGCGAUCUGGUCUGGAGCAACCCACGCUAUCUCAUUGGUUCAGGGGAUAAUCCCACGAUUGUGCAGGAGGGCUGCCGGUACAACGUAAUGCACGUGGCAGCCAAGGAGAACCAGGCUGGAAUCGCCCAGCUGCUGCUGGACACCUUGGAAAACCCAGAGUUUAUGCGCCUCAUGUAUCCAGACGACCAGGAAGUUAUGCUGCAGAAACGUAUCCGCUACAUUGUAGAUCUUUACCUCAACACUCCAGAUAAGGCUGGCUUUGAAACACCACUCCACUUUGCCUGUAAGUUUGGGUGUCCAGACGUGGUUAAUGUCCUGUGUUCCCAUCCUGACAGCGAUAAGAACUGUAAGAACAAGGAUGGCCAAAAGCCGUUUGAUCUUAUUUGCAGCAGAAAAAAUAAAACCCAAGAAGUGAAGCAGAAGAUAAGUGACUAUUUGGAGGACCGCUGCUAUAUCCCUUUGCUGAGGGCAACCGACAACACCUCCCAGCCCAUUAUUGGUGGUUUGUGGUCACCUGAGUCCUCAGAAAGUCUCUUGCUGACCCAGCGGCACACAAGAAGCCCAAUGGAUCCCGUGAUGGCUGUCACAGCCUUCGCUGGCCCACUGAGUCCUUCUAAAGCAGAUCAAUUCCGUCGGUCCUGGAAAACACCGCCCAGAGACAGGGCGGUGCUUUUCCACCACAUUCUGAAGUCUGAUCCUGACCGUGGGGCAGAGCGAGUGGGCAGAGACCUGGCUCAUGAGAUGGGCCACCCAUGGGCGGAGUACUGGGACUUUCUUGACAGUUUUGUGGAUCUGUCAUCAACUGAGGGGCUUCGCAAGCUGGACGAGUACCUUAGCAAGAAGGAUUUCAGCCCACGGGCUCAUGAAGGGGCUGGGGAGAAUGAGACCAGCAACAGGUUCAAAACCCCAUCUCCAGGCAAGCCCAAAAAGUUCUGCAACUCCAUCUCUGUUGGUGCCUUCCUGGACGAGGGUGAUGACAUUAGCCUUGAGGAGAUGAAGAACCGGCAGAAUGCAGCACUCACUAGCAUCACAUCCUCUGCUGCAUCUAAGGACUGCCUGAAGGGAGCAGUGGGUGGCCACGAGUUCCACAUCCUGCCCAUCACACUGCACCACCACGGGGCUGACCUGAUCGAGACAGCGGCAGAGCAGGACUUGCUGUGCUGCUGUGACGAAAGCCUCCUGACGCCUGGCAUUGUCUGCAAAAAUGGGGUGUGCUCCUCCUCCAGAGAUAGGACUCACAAUGGAGACAAGGUGACUCCUCGCACCUCUCCGUCCUCCUCCUGCCUGUUAUCGCCCAUCUCCAAUCUCAUGGUCGACUUUGAGCGCAUGUCUCUGCAAGAGCCGCUGGACAGCCCCACCAGCUGCAGGGAGCGGAGGAGCAGUGGCGGGAGCCGGCACAAGGAGGUCCGGGACUCCUACAGCUCCUCCUCAGCCACAGACCUCAGCUCCGGGCUGAACCACCUAUCUCUUGGUCACAGCAGUCAGGAUGGUGAGACUGUGGAGGUGCCAGGCUGGACAACAGGUGGAAGAGGGACAGAGGAGAGGCGCAACAGUGGCAGCUCAGAGGAGUACUUUGAAGCAGAGGAGAAUAUGGAGAUGUCGGGCAGGACUAGGGGAUCAGUAUCAGGGGGGCGCAACUUCUGUGCUCGGUCCAAGUCAUGGGACCAUGGGGGGAGGGACCUGAGCAGCUCAGGAUCCUCUGGGUCCUCCUAUAAGUCCUUAGAUAACUCUAAUGAGUUCCUACCCAGGACCCCGCCGCAUAUUAAAAGAGGACUUUUCAUUGACGGGGAUUCGCCAUCCAAGUUGGACAGAGAGGUCCUGUCGGCAAUAGAAAGCUUAGACUUCGAUCCCCAGAAGUAUCCCAGCAUUCUCAAGUGGAAGAGCACAAUGAAGUCGUACUCGGCGUCAGACAUGCAGAGCUGGCCCAGCCCUGCGGUGGUAAAACCACGACUCAGGAUGCAACAUCAAACUCUCAGGUCACCGGUCAGCGGCCCGAUGUCUCCCACCGGCCGCUUCAGUCCUGCCCGGCAUGCCGCCUCACCAGACUUCAGCCCCAGCCGUUACAGCCCUGCCAAUGCUAGCUACAUACAGCGCAUCCGCCUCAAGCACUUGAACGAGCCAUCUAACUGACCACUCUGCUCCCCCACUACGGCCAUACCCUCUCCUAGCCCUAACCUCCCACUCCCAUUUAAAAUCCAGCUGCACCAAGGUGGCUACACCCAGGCUCAGAAACCCUAUACCUAACAGAAAUAUGCACAAGUGUCUGGAAGAUUUGUAUUAAUAAUGUAUGGUACUACUCCUAUGUAAUACAGGAAUUCUCAUCACGUUGGGUUGUGAUGUACACUCAAGACUUUAAAAAUGAAAAAAAAGAAACCGUGAUAAUUUAUGUACUGUACGGAUGUGGGCCAUGUUGAAUUGACGGUAAUGUUAUUUGUGGCAAGUGUGAAGCACCUGUAUCAUAGCCUGAGUCAACUUUUUUGAAUAUUGUGAGUACAAGCCGCACUCCCCAAAGUUAGUUUCUUCUCUAAAACCUUGGUGCUGAAUCUUCAACAGGAUUCUGGCACUGAGGAUGUUCUUUACAAACAAAAAAAAGUAAAUUGUCAAUAUUUUAAAAGUUAUUUUUUGUAUGUUGGUAAGUAGCACAAAAAUGUAAUGUUUUUAUUAAUGGUGUUAAAACCGACUGCCAUUUCCUAUGUUUUCCUCAGUUCAGGAAUUGCCUUAAUUUUCUAAAGUGAUGGACCAGCUCUGUCAGUUUGGACACGCUCUCUAGCUCAUACGUGAAAUAUCUGGACAUGGCAACCUCACUGGCUGUGGGAUUUACAGAUGAUUAGGGCAAACAUGGGAAAAACUGAUUAGACUGAGAUCUUCCAUGUUUUUAUUUUGUUCUUCAAUAAAUGCAUACCUUUUUCAUCUUUUCUCGGUGGUUCCUGGACACGUCUUGACUUUUCCUUUCUGCCACAACCAGCGGCCUUAGACUGCAAUUUGUAUUUUUUUUUUCUUUUUCUAAAUUAUCUUUAAAUCACAAGUAUUUCCCACAGUGUGAGCAUGAAUUCAAAAAAACACUCAUCUGCAAAGUGUCAUUUCAAAUUUGUCUUGUUUGGGCUGAACCUAAAAUUGCCACGUCUGAGCGUUAAGCUGUAUUAAGCGAUUGUUAACCACUAGGGGGCUGAAAGACUCCACAACUAAAUAAACAAAAGAAAUAUGUAUUUAUUAGAUUAUUAUAGAUGUCUUGUUAAUGAAAAACUGCCUUACGCUUACAGAGAACCCAACUGAUUAGAUGAGAGCUGCAUAGUGGGAUCGGCAGUAUUCGCAACCCUUUUCACUUUAUAAACAGUAGUUUGAUAGUGUUCAUUUAAAAUAUAGCACUUAAUAGAGCUUUAAUUCCUAAAGUUAUGUCAUGAAGCUCUUCAAUGGUUCAAAUUCAGUGAACUCAUGUACACAUGGCAGAUACAUGUCUAAUGGUGGAAUGUGAAUGUACAAACACCUGCUGUAUCCAAAUUGUUAUUUAGGGAUGAAUUUACUGCUGUAUGAGGGCUUAUCAGCUAAGUCUGGGACAAAAAAGCCAAUCAUUUUUAAUAUUCAGAUUGAUACUCCACUUAGGUUGAGAGAAACAAGUGUUCUGAAUGUACAUUUUUUGUAAACUAAACCUUUUAUCCAAGAGCACAAACUACUUCACUGAGAAGAUUGUAUUGUUAUCCUUGUGCUCUCAGGUGACAACAGAUCUAAUUCUGCUCUCUGAAUGUUUAUGAAUGUGGAACUUUGCAAAAAUGCACCUAAAAAAACUUAAAACAUGCUUCUUGUGCUUUUAGCAUUCUGUGCUUUAUUAAAAGUUAACUUUCAUGGUGAAUUCUCA